AUGGUCACUAUGGUCAACCCACCAUUUUCCCCUUUGAGAAAUCGUGAAGUCCCCUGGAUUUUGUUUCGCGCAUCUUGCGAUGGCAGGGAAUGUGACAAAUGCUGCGAGGAAGAACCAAGGAGUCUUAUGGACUUGUCUAAUUCGCCAGAGUCCUCGGCAUUCGAUAGCCACCUCUCAUGGAAAAAGGUCCCAACGCCAUUCGUCAGCUUCUUCAGCACCUGGACAAGAGCAAUGCGAUGGCGUGAAUGGUUAGAGAAAUAUCAUCAUACGGACAUCAAAGUGGUUGCUCUCUGGGCAAGAGACAUGGGCCACGUUUAUAAGGCGAUGACGGUCGCUUUGGGCUUGGGAUACUCAGAUACGGGCUCUGACGAUCGACGAAAGCUUCGAAAUCAUGAAGAUGAAUACCUCAUUGACGCUGGUGUGGAUGAAGACCGAAUCUUGGCUGUGUUUCGAGGCGGCGGUGAUCUUCGAGCUAUCACCUUUGACGGCCCUUUCUACAUGAUCACAACAUCAGUUCCUAGUGAAUACUUUCUUGCCCAAGAAAGGAAUCCCCUCAAAGCCUUGGAGGAUGUGAUAUUCAUGAACACCGGAGUGCGUGAUGAUCUUUGGCGGGAUCAGCUCGUGAAAUCAAUCAGCAAUUCCACUUUCCCAAGGCGGAUAGAUUACUCGAGGGGGCCAUUCCGUCCGCAGCUUGAGAGUGUCUAUUACUAG